AUGCGUCUAUCAUGCUGGAACUGUACCACCCUGGAUGGCGAAGACUCGAAACCCGCGUUUGGCAGGGAUGUACGCUCUGCUGCCCCAUCGCCUUCCCAGUCCCCGCCGACCCUUCCCGGGCUUCCCCGGGUAAAGAUCAUCCCCGCCACACCAAUCUCUGGUCUGGAUGACAUACCCCAUCCAGAGCCCGCACCAGAUACGGCAUCAUCUGUCAUCACUCCCCCGACUGUCCCGACUGCCUCUUCCAGGGUAUCUCUCAGCGGUAGACGUCCGCCGUUCAUACGUUCCGCGUCAGCAUCACAAUCUGCCAAUCCCAACCCGUCCUUGACGUCCUUCUUUCGAUCGCACUCUGAUAUGCCUCCAACACGAGCCUCAGGCGGCACCGUCAUGCCCAGCAAUAUGCCCCGCCUCGCCCGCACCCCCGAGCAAUCCACCACCGGCCGACCGAGGAGCACCUUCACCCAACGCCUCAGCGGCUUCUUCGAAACCUACAAGCCCAAGUAUCUCCAGGGAAGCCACAAUCCACACGGGACUGCAGAAGAAGUGGGAGCAACUCAGACCGGUGCCGGAACAGUAUACCUUCCCUCGCCCCACAGAGACUUGCCGGAUGACCCGUUUGCGUCGAGGAUCGAUAUGGCGGAUGGCGGGGAUCUGGGACCGCUGUGUUUGUUGCCAAGGGAUAGUGAGGACAGUCGAUACACUGGGUCGGAGGUGGGAAGGGACAUCAAGUCGGAAAGAGAAAGCGGUCCAGGAGAGGCUACCGUUGACGUACAAGCUUCCCUCAGGACCAUGUCAGCUCCCAGUUCAUCGCCAACCGCCCGGCCAUAUCCUUUCCUGGUCACUACCAAGGUUACCCAACCUGCUGACGAUGACUCCGCUACUGCAAUGCCGAAGACUUCCAGAGACCACCACUUUCCAGGAUUCGCGAAGCAGUCAAAGGCGAGCGGAAGAGUAGAGAUGAUGGAGAAGAAUUUGGGGCAGGGUGUCGAUAUGAGGGGGUCUGCGGCGGUACUGGCAUGA